AUGAUUGAACAAAUUGAGAAACCAAUCACCACCAAAGAGGAUGCGGAGAAAUCAUUAACAAUUAACAAAAUUGACGACGGAGUAGGAGAGGAAUCGGAGCUAGAUGAAGGAAAAAUCUUGGGUGUGGAGGACUCAGACGAUCCGGCGUCGGAUCCCAUGAAAACUCCGUAUUCAAAGCACCCGUUGGAGUACUCGUGGACAUUCUGGUUCGAUAACCCCUCCGUCAAAUACAAACAGACCGCUUGGGGCAGCAACAUUCGACCCGUCCACACUGUCUCCUCCGUGGAAGACUUCUGGAGUGUUUACAAUAAUGUACACCGGCCAAGCAAGUUGGUAGUUGGAGCAGACUUUCAUUGUUUCAAAAAUAAAAUUGAGCCAAAAUGGGAAGAUCCUGUUUGUGCCAAUGGGGGAAAGUGGACUGUGUGUUUUGCUCGGGGCAAAUCUGAUGUUUCUUGGCUCUAUACGCUACUGGCAAUGAUUGGAGAACAAUUUGAUUGUGGAGAUGAAAUAUGUGGGGCAGUUGUCAAUGUCAGAGCUAGGCAGGAAAAAAUUGCUAUCUGGACCAAGAAUGCUGCAAAUGAAGCGGCUCAGCUGAGAAUUGGAAGACAGUGGAAGGAGUUUCUAGAAUACAAUGACACAAUUGGGUUCAUAUUUCAUGAAGACGCGAUUAAGGAAAGAGUUGCAAAGAAUCGUUACACUCUGUAG